AUGGUAAAUAUUAUAGAAAAACAACAACAAGAAAAUAAAGAAUUAUUAAACGAAAUAGAAUUAUUAAAACAACAAUUAGCAGAUAAAAGUAGAGAACUCAAUGAUUAUAAAAAUACAGAAGUAAAUGAGCAAGAAGCUGAAUUUAAACAAAAAGCAACUGAAAGAAUUCACCAAAUUCUUAUACAUGACUAUAAUUGGAAAGAAAAGAAGAAUUUGGAAGAAGUUGUAGAGAGAAUUGUAAUAGAUCAUUUUGAAAGCACUAAAUCAGAGAUAAGGAUGAAAGAAUUAAAGAAUUGA